UCACAACAUGGAAUGUACAACUCGACAAAAAUUAACUUGUCUGUUGUUGGUGGGAGAAGAAAGAAUUAGUCUAGUAAUAAUAACCAUGAUUGGUGUUCCUGGGUUCACGACCAGAAUGUCUAUUUCUGGAUCUUCUAUUGUGUCCACAUUUGCAUUCAUAUAGUCGCGGUGUGGUAUGCACUGUUAAAAUUAGGGUGUUUGUAUCUAAUGAAGAUUGAUGGUACGGAUAUGCUACAUUUUAAGGCGGAGGUUUUCACUGUCGGCAAAUAUUUGUCGGCACAACAGCAAUAUUUGCACUAGCCGUCGAUUCAAAUGGAGCGACACUUUAAAACUGCCGGUGACGGGGGAAGGGUCAACGUCGAGUGAUUGUAAUGGUUUGUACAAGCUCGUGCGGUUAGCACUCGAGACUGAUCCUCCGACAACAACACAGCACCGAACACAACUCCGCCAACAUCAGCGCCGUGUGUGUCGGGGCUGCGGUGAGCCAGAACACGGGGAGGAAUUUACAGCGAACCUGCAGGUAUAUAAGUAUUUUACGAAAAUGCUUUGGGCAGAGAGCAAAUACCACCGAAAAGAUGAUACGCAUUUUCAGAAUUCCAUGAACAUUCCACAGUAGGUCAAAUUACCAACGCUGAACAUUAAGACUGGACCUUUAAGACGUACAUGUAUGAGCUCAGUGGUAACACAAUAUCAGUUCCAAGGCAUUGUGUUCGUAAACACCUUUGAAUUCCUUAGUAGGGAUCUAGCCCAGUUCGUUGAGCGCUCACCUGAGGUGGUUGCGUGGUACAAUCGAAUCACUUCAUUGUACCCAUUUCCUGAUUAUUUGUAUUCCGUCCCAACCACUUCCCCGUGACUGGUAUAUCAAAAGCCGUGGUAUGUGUUUUUCUGUCUGUAGGAAAGUGCAUAUAAAAGAUCUCUUGCUGCUAAUGGAAAAAUGUAGUGAGUUUCUUCUGAGGACUAUUGGGCGGGGAUAUUUCUCGUUUCAGCCGGUGCACCACUACUGGUAUAUUAAAAUGGCCAUGGUAUGUGCAGUCAUGUCUGUGGGAAAGUUCGAUGCUACUAAUGGAAAUAUGCUAAAUGUUUGACAUCCAAUAGCCCAUGAUUAAUAAAUCAAUGUGCUCUAGUGGUGUCGUUAAAUAGAACAAACUUUUGAAUUCCCUUCCACAGUUCUCUAGUUUCCCGUGAGUGAUGACCUGGGGUCAGCGGGGUUGUGAGAGUUGAAGUUUCAGGGCGGGUUGGUUGGCAGGCGGAGCAUUGAACGGUGUACAAGCCACGACAGAGUACAAUGACGACUCUAAUGAGAGGGCGCCACUAUCCGACUCUUACUUCACGAUGAUAAGAUGAGUGAUGUCAUGUAAUUCUAGUAUUAUCGAUCUUCCCAGCCUUUAGUCUGAUGUAGUACAUAGAGUGCUCCAUUAUGUAUGUGCUAGCGGGCGGAUAUCACGUAACUAAGUGCAGUGAUAUUGAAUUCCUAGCCUGAAAUAAAUAACGAGGACGCAGUAAAACAGCAGCAACAACACCCAAAAUAGAAAUAAAAAAUAAACAAAAAGUGCAAAAACUUGACACCCAUCCCGUAUACAAAUAAAGUAAUACAAAUAAAUAAUAUAAAGUUAAACAUGGUUUUGUUUAACGACAUCACUAGAGCGCAAUGAUUUAAUCGUCGGCUAUAGGAUGUCAAACAGUUGGU